AUGAUUCUAUCAGUUUUUCUUCUGGCAGCGGCGACUGUUACCGGCGUAUCUGCCUAUGGUUAUGUUCCUCUUCUCAAGAUUGGCAAUGAUUAUAUUCCUGGUUGGGACAUCACUAAAGACCCCUAUACAACGCCACAGCCUUUGCGCGUCGUUCGCGGGACGAAACUAGACUCUGGCUACAUCGCUGACGUUACUUCGAAUGACAUUACUUGUUCUAUCGGAAACUCUGCUUUACCUCCCAACACCUGGCCGCUUGGACACUAUGGUCCUGUGCUCAACUACAUGGCCAAAUGCGACACAGAUAAUUGUUCGACAUUCAAGGGCGAUACAGGGUCUCCGUGGUUCAAGAUCCAACAAAGCGUCUUUGAGAACGGAGAAUGGGCUUCGGAUACGCUAGCCAAGAAUAACUACACAUAUGACGUGACUAUUCCUAAGAAUAUCAAAUCCGGCAGCUACUUGUUAAGGCAUGAGAACCUCGCUUUGCAUGAGGGUGCUAGUCUAGGAGGGGCUCAGUUCUAUCCAGAUUGUAUACAGCUUACAGUAAGCGGUGGCGGAUCUUUGGCGCCCUCCGGAUUGAGCUUCCCGGGGACCUACACGGCGACGGACCCUGGCAUCCUUUUUAACGUGUACCUAGGCGACGCUUCGAACGAGGCCUAUGUCCCACCUGGUGGAGAUGUUUACCCUGGGUUGAACUGA